AUGUUGGUUGCUUCGUUGUACUCAGCGACGCCCAUCACAGUUCCUGCGGUGAGGUCCUGGACGGUGGACGGCGAGCUAUUCACACUUCCUAUUCAUUUGUCCAUCCUUGUCGACUCAAGGUUCCAAGGCCUGAGAGACGAGAACGGGUUAACGUUGAUCCCUCCGACUUUGCACGAGUUCGCAACCACUUUCACAUCAGACUUGAAGGAGUCAUUCCCGAGUCUCUCACCCCAACUUACAUCGGCAGAGAAACCCUCGAAAGGAGCCAUCUUCCUGACAAUUGAUCAAGAUGCCGAUUAUUUACUCGCGAAUGGCAGGUCGUCAUCGGAGGGCUACAUACUAGACGUAUCCCACCAAGGGAUAGAAGUUCGCGGAUCCAGUCCAUUGGGUGUAUGGCGCGGUGUCACCACACUCCUACAAGGCCUGGUGCAAGGGAAUGGGACGUUUCCUACUGGCACGAUCGUCGAUCAACCAGACUGGGCCACAAGGGGCAUUAUGUUGGAUUGCGGCCGCCAGUGGUACCCAGCCAAUUAUCUGAAAGAGAUGUGCGCGUACCUGUCAUAUUUUAAGGCAUCCGAAUUCCAUUUACAUCUUUCUGAUAAUCUGGUAUUAUACGUAUUGAAGCCAGGAAGGGUCCUAGGGCCUCUGAAUUCGACGUAUGCCCGAUUUCGAUUACACAGCGAUAAACUGGAGUUCGCAGGUCUUUCCCCUCACGUGAACGAAACCUAUUCUCGUGAGGAGUUUGAUGAUCUUCAACGCUCUUGCGCUUCACGCGGCGUUACCAUUGUACCCGAAAUCGAGGCACCCGGACACGCUUUGGUCAUUUCCCAAUGGAAGCCGCAACUUGCUUUGAGUACAGACCCUACUCUAUUGAAUUUAAGCCUCCCAGAAUCUACACAGACAAUGAAAGAUGUUUGGGCGGAGUUUCUACCUUGGAUUCACUCUAAGCAAGUUUCAAUCGGUGCCGAUGAAUACUCCAGCGCCCUGGCCGACGAUUAUCUCAGGUUUGUGGGGAAUAUGAGCCAAUUUAUUCAGCAAGUCUCUGGCAAGACCAUACGAUCGUGGGGUACCAAUGAACCGAGUCGUAACUUGGCCUUGACGAAGAAUACAACUGUGCAGCAUUGGGAUAACGCCUUUCAGCUCCUACAGCAGGGCUACCAAGUUAUCAAUAGUGACGAUUUCUUUCUCUACAUCGUGUUGAAAGAAUCGGGUUCAUUCCCCCAGCGGCUGAAUCAAACCCGCUUGUGGCGCGGAAAUGCCCUUGGGGGGCCUUGGGAUCCAACUCAGUGUACGUCGCGCUCUCCAACAGGAAAUCCUAGCUUAGACUCUCCUACCCUUCUAGGUGGGAUCAUGGCCGCAUGGUCUGACCAGGGCCCAACGGCAACCACUCCGCUCGAAGCCUUCUAUUCUUUCAAGAUGGGCCUGCCUGUUGUAGUGGCUAAUGCUUGGCACGCGGCCACUCGAUCUACCGCUUUGACACGAGAGCAGUUUGAUAGCGUCUUCGACGUGUUGGAAGCCUCCGUUCCUGGCCAGAAUCUGGACAGGCGGAUCAAGUCUAAGGGCAUUGAGGUGGUUGUGUAUGAUUUUUCCAGUGAAACUGGUAGCACGCCGAGAACGGUGAAGGAUACAAGUGGGAAUGGUUACAAUGCUGUACUUGAGGGAAGAGUGUCGAAAUCUAAAGGAGGGCUCUUGCUGGAAAAUGGCGGUCAUAUAUCUACGCCACUCGGGUCAAAGGGAGCCAACUAUACCUUGUUGCUAACCUAUUCCACAACAAUACCUAUCUUGGCCUCCACCCCUUCCGCCACCUUGCUUUCUGGUCCAGAUAAUUCGCUCAUAUUGUCUCGCGCAGCGAAUGGGUCGACUACGUUCGCGUUCGUAUCCAGUAACAUCACAUACUCCCUAUCCGGAUAUGCCCUUCCUUCUGGAAACCCUUCGACCGAUCUCGUCGUUCGAGGAACGGAAGACUCGACUACUAUCUUUGUGAACGGAACUCGAGUUGGCGACUUCAGAGUAAUCAUCAGAAAUUCUGCGAUUUCCAGCCCGAUGUCGUUUGUCGCUCCAGUGCGUAGCCACCUUGAUCCAGGCUAUCCUUCCAGCUCUGAUGAUCAUAUGUCUUCACCGUCCCAGGUUUCCCAGAUAGGCGGACCUGGCUUUACAGGUCUCGUUUCAAAGUUCGUACUGCUUGAUGGGCUGCACGAUGCAUCGGCUACCGUCGACACUAGUGUACGACCUCAUUAA